GAUAGUUGUGAACACUAUUGUAUUUUAAUCUAUAUUCGGUGUUGAUUUUGUGGACUGUGGUAUCAACUGUUAAUCAAGUUUCGUAUCGGAGAGUUGAGAUUUGAUAAUCCGAGGACCGAGAGUACAAAAUUUGAAAACAAGAAUAAUUUAGUAUUUACCAUGAACAAAAAACGAAAACCGUUUAUUCCAUAACAUAAAGGGAUAGAGUAAUGAUAUUUGAUCACCGAAAGCAAGUGAUAUAAUUUUUGUAUUAAACUUCUAGCAAUAAUAUGAAUGAAAAUAUACAUCUUAUCAAAUUCCAAAAAAGGAAUAUUCCAAAUAAUAGUAAUCAAUUUAUAAACCGAUGGAAAAGAGAACACUCGCAGUAUUCCUAUCAGAAUCGUGUAAAGACAACAAUUAUAGUAGCGAAUCUAGUGAUUGGAGUGAUACACAACGCAUUUCUGAUUUAAGCGACGAUGAUGAUACUAAUGAGGAUACAUUAUUUUUUCCCUUGAUGCAAUAUCUAUUAAAAUCUAAGAAAAAAAGAGUUGAUGAUUACUUACAUUGUAUCGAGUCUUGGACUGAUGUAGAAUUUAAGAAUCGCCUUCGAUUAUCGCGGCAAACAGCAUAUAGACUUAUCGAUGAUUUAGAAAAAUCAGGAUUUAUAGCUACUCACAAAUUUGGAUUAAAGCCAUUAGAACCAAAGCUAUGUUUCUUUAUAUUUUUAACAUUUAUUGCAAGUAUUGAAUCAUUAACCCCUAUUGCAACUAGGUUUGAUAUAUCUAUAUCAUCAACUUUUCGAGUUAUCAGGAGAGUGGUUGCUUGGUUGUUAACCAAAUUAAAUGAAACCAUUAAAUGGCCUACAGAGAUAGAUCAUAUUAAAGACAUUAGUAAUACAUUUUAUGAUAAGACUGGAAUCUCAAAUGUGAUAGGAGUUAUUGAUUGUCUGCAUGUCAAAAUUGAAAAGCCUAAGAACGCAAGAGAAUACUGCAAUGGAAAAGGGUAUUUUUCCAUAGUGCUACAAGCAACAGUGGAUGCUAAUUUAAGAUUCACAAAUAUUUACUGUGGAGAACCUGGUUCGUCAAAUUGUUUUAGAGUAUUGAAGAAAUCACCAUUAUACAACACAGCACAAAAAGAUAAAAAUUUGCUAUUCCCAUACAAUGUAUAUCUUAUUGGACACUCUGGAUAUCCCUCCUUAUCUUGGCUAGUCCCACCAUACAGGGAAAAUAAACGAUUAACAUUGACGCAGAGAGAGUUUAACUCUUUACAUGUAUCGGCAAGGAAGAUAAGUGAAAAGGCAUUUACUUUGUUAAAAUCUAGAUUUAAAAGGAUUAAGAUUUUUGGUGUUUACAGAAAUAUUACUUUCAUAACUGAUACAAUUGUAGCAGCAUGUAUUCUACACAAUUAUUGUGUCAAUGAAAAUGAGGAGUUAGAAGAUUGAUUUAAAAGUAAAUCCAGUGAAAUUGGUUUGUAUACUACAUACCACAAAGACAACACAACAUUAAAAUGACAGCUAUAAAAGUGAAUAGAACUAGUAAUAUGGAAUAAUUCAUUCAAAGAAUUGAAUAAGUAAAUAAGCUAUCAUUGUUUUUUUUACUUUAUAUGUGCUCUUUAACAUAUUAGUAUUGAAAUAUAUGCAUUUAGAUUUUUAAUAUGUAGGUAAGUACAUAACAACAACAUAUAAGAUGUUUUAUUAAACUAGCCGAGAAUUGUU